UUACAAUGGUAGGAUACUACGUCAUCGCGCACCUGCUGAAUGCUCCCACUUGGACCAUUUUUUCGUCGAUUCGAAGAUAUUUAGUUAUGUUUGUUUGCGACCAGUGCGGAAAAAGAUACAAAACACCUGGCGGUGUAAGGAAGCACGUUGCAGGUCACCUUGGAACAGCCACUUACACUUGUGGAGAAUGUGGAAGGUUAUUUCAUUGCCGGAAAGACCAUGAACAACAUAUGCUGCGCCAUGGCGAAGCAAAAACCUUUGUUUGUCAAACAUGUGGAAAAUCGUUCAAAACCAAGAAUGACUUGGAUAGCCACAGGAGGCGGGAAAGUACUGGGCAGACCCAUGAAUGCGAUGUUUGUGGGAAACGAUUCACAUCUUCACGUGAUCUAGAGGAGCAUUCACGGAAACACAGUGGUGACUUCCCUGAAAUAUGUAGUGUAUGUAGCAAGAGAUACCGCCAUAGGGCUAGUCUAAGGAGACAUUUGAAAACACAUUCAAAUUAAUAAGCACGUUGUUAUUUUAUGAUGUCUCCCAGCGAUACAGUUGAAAGGGGUAUAUUGAAAUGUCGUUGUCCGUCCGGAUCCAUGCAUAUUUUCUCUUUUCUUUAAAAUUGUCAGGAAUUCUCACGUGUAUUUGAAUUAGGGAAUGAAAAUAAUGACCAACCAUUUUUUGUGCCCCCACUUUAAAGUCAUGAAACUUUACAGGAAUGUUGAUCAGCAUGUGUAGUUGUGCACCUGGGUAUUUGCGUCUGGAUAUUUUUAGUAUUUUCAGAGUUAUUGCCCUUGACUUAGUAAAAUUUUGCAAUUUUCAACUUGUGUCGCAUGUAACUCAAAAAGUAUUUGACCUAGGUUCAUGAAACUUUACAGGAAUGUUGAUCAGCAUGUGUAGUUGUGCACCUGGGUAUUUUCGUCUUGAUAUUUUUAGUAUUUUCAGAGUUAUUGCCCUUGACUUAGUAAAAAUUUUGCAAUUUUCAACUUGUGUCGCAUGUAACUCAAAAAGUAUUUGACCUAGAGUCAUGAAACUUUACAGGAAUGUUGAUCAGCAUGUGUUGUUGUGCACCUGGGUAUUUUUGUCUUGAUAUUUUUAGUAUUUUCAGAGUUAUUGCACUUGACUUAGUAAAUUUUGCAAUUUUCAACUUGUGUCGCAUGUAAUUCAAAAAGUAUUUGACAUAGAGUCAUGAAACUUUACAGGAAUGUUGAUCAGCAUGUACAUUUGUGCACCAGGUAUCUUCGUUUUGAUUUAUUUAGUAUUUUUAGAGUUAUUGCCCUUGACUUAGAAAUUUUUUUGCAAUUUUCAACUUGUGUCGCAAGUUACUCAAAAAGGAUUUGACAUAGAGUCAUUAAACCUUAUGGGCAGGUUGCUCAGCAUAUUUAGAUUUGCACCUGGGGUUUCGCUUGUGGAUUUAUCCAGUAUUUGUAGAGUUAUUUCCCUUGACUUAGUAAAAGGAUUGAAAGAACAGUGGCGCAGUGGGGGCACCCGUGUCCUAUGGACACAUUUCUAGUUAUUGAUGUUUUUUCUUGCUUUAUUGAACUAAUGUCCUAUACUCGUAUAACUAGAAAACAGUUAUUUAUAAAGUCGAAAUAUAAGCACAUGUUACCUCCUUUUUAAUGAGUUACACACAAAUAGUUUUCAUAAAAAUGUGAGCACAAGUAUAAUAUUAUGAAUAACUGUAAUGAUAUACAUAAAGUUACCAUCACAUGAAAUGUAUUGUACAUCGGGAGAUUUGUUUGUUCUACCAAAUUAUUGGAUAACUGUGAUUUUAACCGAUUUUUAUGAUUCUGUCUAUUAUCCAUCGCCGAAAAGUCGGGGGAUUUAUUAAGGAGUAUUCUUCGUCCGUUCUUAAGUACAAGUAGCAGAGCAUAAAAACCAGAAGUGUUCACGUAAUGUUUUUUGUUGUUUUUUAUGAGAGACGUAAUGAUUGUCUAUAAUGUUUGCAUAAUUUUUGUCUAGGCUAUAUUUUAAAACGUUUCAUUACAUUUCAAGGUAAAUGGCUGCAUAACUCGGAAUUAUAUGGGUUACUUCCCCUUUGUAAUGUGUUUCCUCUUUAACGGCGGGGGAUUUUACUGUCUGUGACAGCUUCUGGUAUAAUUGUUAUUAUUUUACUGUGAUUUGAUUACCAAGAUAUGGUAAAUACUGUGAUAAACAAAUAACUGU